AACGCUGCGUAAAACUCUUGUCAAGUGACGAAUGUCCAAAAAGUUCAGAAGUUUUUUUUUCUUUCCCAAUUCACUCUGCCACCCUGCAGAAAGAAGGACGUUUUGGGGGCAGAUGUGAAAACGGGGUUGGGAAAACUCUUCUUCACAAGCGUUUGGGAGAAUAAGCGUGGAUUGCUCUCUCUCGCUGGCCUUUUUCCUGUGUCGUUAUUUCGGCGUGAAUUUUUUUGGGGGGGGGGUGGUGGUAAGGAGCUGGAGAGGAACACCACGGAGCCAGGAGACUGCUAACAUUUCUUCUGAAAGUUAUUGUGUGCAGUUUGGCUGUGUUUUUUUGUUGUUGUUGUUUUUGUUUUGGUUGCUCUGUGGGAAGGCAGCGAUGCAAGCUCGCUACCCGGUGUCGAGUCCGAACUCGCUCGGAGUGGUGCCCUAUCUGAGCGAGCAGAAUUACUACCGGCCCGGCCCGGGAUAUACCGGGAUGCCGGCACCGAUGGGGAUGUACCCGCACGCUGCUCACGAACAGUACGCGGCGGGGAUGGCUCGAUCCUACGGACACUACACCCCUGCUCCGCAACCCAAGGAUAUGGUGAAGCCUCCUUACAGCUACAUCGCCCUCAUUACCAUGGCCAUUCAGAAUGCGCCCGACAAGAAGAUCACCCUGAACGGGAUCUACCAGUUUAUCAUGGAGCGCUUCCCCUUCUACAGGGAGAACAAACAGGGCUGGCAAAACAGCAUCCGCCACAACCUGUCCCUGAACGAGUGCUUCGUCAAGGUGCCCCGGGACGACAAGAAGCCGGGCAAGGGCAGCUACUGGACCCUGGACCCGGACUCUUACAACAUGUUCGAGAACGGCAGCUUCCUCAGGAGACGGAGGCGUUUCAAAAAGAAAGACGCGGUGCGGGAGAAGGAGGAGAAGGAACGGCAGGGCAAGGACACCGCGGGUCGGCAGCAGCCGGCGGCGGCCGCCGGAGACGCCGACAAACACGCGGUGAGGAUCCCGGAGAUCAAGACCGAGAACGGGGCUCCGUCCCCACCGCCCCCACCCCCGCCGCCCCUGGCCGCUCCCCCUGCCCUGAGCAUGGUGCCCAAGAUUGAGAGCCCGGAGCCCAGCAGCGGGCAGAGUCACAGCAGCGGCAGCAGCAGCAGCAGCAGCCCGUCCAACCGCUCCCUCAGCCUGGAUAGCCAUGAGCACCAGCCCUUCACGGUGGACAACAUGGUGCCCUCCCUCAGAGGCUCCCCGCACACCUCUGGCGAACUCAGCGCGGCUUCCCGGACAGGGAUCAGCCCCUCGUUGUCCCUCAGCUACGCAUCCAGCCAGUCGUCCGUGUACAGCUCCUCCUGCAGCCACAGCCUGAGCUCGGCCGGUGCCGGCACCUACCACUGCAACAUGAACCUGUACUCCGGGGAGAGAGCCGCUCACAUAGGGGCCAGCGGCGUGGACGAGGCGUUACCCGAGUACUCAAUCCCCCCGAGCAGCAGCAGCAGCAGCAGCACCGCCGCUCCUUCCCUGAGCCACGGUCUCAGCAACGGCCAGGAGGUGGCCGGGAGCGGGCCGGGUCGCCUCGCCUCCUGGUACCUCAACCAGGCCGGUGACCUGAGCCACCUGACUUGCAGCGCUUACUCCGGACAGCAACAGAACAUCCACACGGUGCGGGAAAUGUUCGAAGCUCAGCGGAUCGGCCUCGGCACCUCAGCCGUCAGUUCGGCGCACGCCAGUGGGAAUAGCAGUUGUCAGAUGUCGUUCCCCCCAGCCCAGACACUUUACCGCACCUCAGGUUCGUUUGUGUAUGACUGCAGCAAGUACUGACACCAAAAAAAAAACAAACACACGAGAGAGAGAGCGUUUACACACUGUAAUUUUUAUCUUUUAGAACACAAGGAACAACAGCCCGUGUUUAUAUAUGUCUCAUUUGUGUAGAUAAACAAAAAACCCCACAAAACCAAUUUGAAAUUUGGUUAACAGAACAGUGUUACUCCAAAAGAAACGUAAGUUGCUUUUAUUUUGCAAAAAAAAGUGUUUAAAAAUGAAAAAAAGUGUGUGUCAAAUCUACUAGAGUUCACGGCGAGCUAACUCGGACUUAUUAUAAGCUGUCGGAUAGUAAUUUAUUUUCAGUGUAGUAGAAUAUUAUUUUUAAAUAUGGACCAAACUCCCCGAAAGUGUUCUGGUGCUGACUCUCCCCCUUCGCCCCACCCCCAUCCCGAAUCUUUAACGUUAAUGUUUUGUUGUUGUUGUUACCCUUCCAGUAUAAAGGUUGACUGUAUAACGCGAUUUUAUGUCCUCCUUUUAUUGAAAAUGUUCCGAAGGCAUUGCAUUGUUUGUUUCUUAAUAAAUGACAAUUCGCUCCGUCUGUUGGAAACUCAAGAGGUCUUCCGUGUGCCCGGGAGCUCCCGCUGUAAAAUUCAGUGCUCAUUCAGAGAGACAGAGAGUGGUACGUCUGGGGGAAAAAAAAAUUGCUGGCAGGCACAAACUAACUCACUAGCCGAACGCAUGGGAUUGAAUUAGGUGGCAUCUCGAAUCUCAAAAACUCUAUCUUUGCCCCCACCCUCUUCCUCCCCCAUUGUUAUCUGGUCCACACGUCAAAGGGAGCGCCGCGUCUGCCCAGCUCGAACAAACGUUUGUCAUUUCGGAUAAAAACCAGUCCUUAUCGGCUUGGUUUAUCUAAAGACAACAAUUAGCCUCUAAUUGCAAUUGCUCUUUUACUCGAUUGCAGUAAUUUGGUAGCAAUCAGGCAUUGAUUUAAGAACACAGCAGCCACUUUCCUUUUAAAAAAAGAACUAACACCAUCAAACUCAGACAAUCAUAUCUCAAUAAAUCCAGCCAUUUGUUUUGUGUGAAGUGACGGUCAAAACUGACUCCUUCCCCACUCUCUGGUGCAGAGGUGAAGAUGGCAUUUCUUCAUAUUUUAUUCUGCGGAGUAAUGCGACUUGGCAUGUUUGUUGAAUGUGUUGCAAAUGCUCCGGAGAAGCACGAAUUCUGACAUUAUUUCUCUCUCGUGUUUGUCAAUUUGCUUGCUGCAUUUUUGUUUCUAAAAUAAGGAGUACCGCCGAUUAUUUUGAAAGCAGCUUUUGAGAACUUGCGUGCUGCUUUAAGGAGUUCACUGUUUCACAGCUGGCCCGGUUGAGGUGUACUCUGCCUUCUGGAAGGUUUAUGGACUGUGUACGAGGUGUCUCUUCGCGUUGAAGGGUCUUGCUUAUCGGUAGCUGUUUAAGUCACACUGUUUUUCCAACAAACAAACUCGGGUAUCAAACGAGGCAGCUUUGUUACCGGCCUAGGCCGGUUGGAUUCAAAUGAAUGUAACUGUCUCCUCCGCUUUGUUCACGGUGGCUGCUGUCUUUUUUUCUAAACAAAAAGUAAAAUUACAUUCAGAUGGAAUCAGGAGAAGUUAAAUGACACUCAAAAUCGUUUUAACACAACUUUUUAAAGAUUAAGGUUUCUUCCUUUACAUUUUUGUCCCAUUUGAAAUUAUUGAUAAUAUCUUAAGAUUUGGGUCUUUUUUUGUUCUUUUUUAAAAAAACUUGAAGUGCAAUCACGUAGGGCCUAGAACGAAUCCCUGGGAAAGGCCACUCUAAUUAAGAUUAAGCGGAAAGCGUUUUGAAACUGAUAAAGAAAUGCUCCUGGCUUGCAAAAAGAUACUGCCUAGAAUUUCGAAGCAGGAGCACAAACUGCAGUUUAAAAAAAUAAAGAUAAGGUCAGCUAUUAAACAGAGGGAGACACUGCCGUUUGGCAUUAAAAUAUCUAUCAUGUUAAGUUGGAAGCACUUAUCACAUUAAUGUCGUAGCUUUAAAUUAUAUUUGGGAAUAUUUGCUUAACUCCUCGCUGCAAACAAGAGGAGACCAUUACAGUAACCAACAGGCCUCCCAUACAAUACACAAGAGCAUUGGCAGCGGUAAGAUUUAUUGAGCGCAUAUUAUACCUUAUUAGGGCUGGUUGAGUGUUGACUAGACAUUUAAAGGAGAAAUCCUGGGAGACAAUUUCAUCGUCCCAGGAAACCUACGCUAUUAAACAAGUGCAUGAUAUGAUCUUCACUUAUUAAAGACCACCAGGCAACAUUGAAAAAAAAACACAUGAAGCGUGAGCCACGUUUAGCUUUUUGUUAAAAAACAUCUGAAUGGGUCAACAAAAAAAAUGGCCGCCUUUUUACAUGGCAAUUAAUUUGCUUGAACUAACGUGAUUAAGGUCACUGGGAGAGGGCUGUGUAAUGUGCCCACUUUGGGCUAAUCGAGUUAUAUUAGACACGGGGCCUUCUGUGAUUAACUGUUUACACACCAUUCCUAUAGUUUGUUUUGAACACACACGUGUGUUUAAGAGCUGGGGGGAGGUUAGGUGUAGAGUUCGAAUAGGUUUCAUUCCUGACAUUUUGUAGGGACCAGGAUCGACUCCAUUCUGAAACCUGCGUAUUGUUUACUGAGAGGCACCCACACCCGACUUUGAAUUCAAUCGUGACUUUGUUCGUUCAUAUUUUUAACAAUAGUGUACCCGAGCCACAAAUUAACUGACGAGAGCAGAGGGGUACUUGAUUUGGGUAUGCAGGGUUUAGAGGGGCACUUCCCGCUCACAAUAGAGAAUCCCUCGGGACGGUCGAAACUGAUUGCAUUGGUUGCUACACAGGAACCCAAUGCUGGCUGUGUUUAUAAGCAAAGCAAACUUAUUUAGUUUUUAAAAGCCUCAAAAUUUAAUCCACGCUUUUCCAAUUUGCCAUCUGCCCGUGAUAAGGUUUCCGCUGUAAGUGUAGUUCAGUUUAAUUCGACGAGUUAUGGCAACAAUAUUUGAGAAGAUUAAAGUAUAACGGGUAGGCUUCUAGUUUUUUUUAAAAGAGACUCACCUAAGGUACGCCAUUUCGAAUAUUUAAUUUACAAAUGUUUUUCAAAACGUAUGCCUGGCAAAGAAUUGGAGAUAACAAAUCAGAAUAAAACCGCAAGGGAUCUCUAAACCAGUUUUGUUCAUUUUAUUGAGAUGGUCUCAUUGAACAUAUAAGAUCCUGAGGGAACUUGACGAAGGUGAAUGCUGAAAGAGUGUUUUAGGGGACACGGGUGAAAAAUAAGAAGGUAUCCCAUUCAAGAAGAAUAUGA